UGUUAGCUCUGUUAGCUCUGUGCGCCGUGUGGAGGCUGGCCUCACCGGAAUGACUGGAGUCAGGUAACCACCCGCGGCCACAGAGCGAGGCACUCCCAGCACCCGGACUCUCACACGGAGGGAGGGAGCCAUCAGAACUAGGUGUCGCUGUUCACGUGACGAUCCUCGCUUCUUGUGGAGGGAGACAGGCUCAAGUUUCCAACUUUCCGUCGGGACAGAAAGACAGGUGCCAAGAUGGAUGAGGCAGAGAAGUACAAACAGCGUCUGGAGGCCAUAGCUGAAAAGCGGCGAUUGUUGGAUGAGCAGGAGAGAGCUAAACGGGAGAUGGAGGAUGAGCGGAUAAGACUGCAACAACUUAAGAGGAAAUCUCUAAGAGACCAGUGGUUGAUGGAGGGUCCUCCUUUGUCUCCUAGUUCCUUGGACACUGCAGCUCCGCGCUCUCCUCUGUGGGGAACACAGGCACAGGAGACUGAGAAACGCUUUGAAAAGUUGGAGUCGCAGACACAGCAGUUGGCAGAGGCUGAGGAGAAGCUAACAGAAGAGAUAGAGGAUGGACAAAUUGAGACAGUGGCGGUAGAAGAAACAGCAACAGGAACUGUUCAAGAUGUUGAGGACAAUGGGAAAAAUGGAGCAGAAUCAGGUGAAGAGAUCCAAGCGGCUGUUCUAUCAAACGGAGCUGGAGGGGAGGAAGAGGACAUGGUUCACAGUGCUUCAGUGGAUGUGCUACUGACUUCUAAUGGACUAAGUGAAGACGUUAAAUCUGAUCAAGGUGUUCAUCUUAAUAAUAAUAUUGUUGGUGUGGAAGAGGAGGGAACUCUGGUCAUUAGAGCAGAGUGUAUCAUGAUAACAGAUGAAGGUGAUGAUACAGCAGAAGACGACACAAAAGAAAAUGGUUGGGAAAAUGCAGUUUCAAUAUCUGAGGAAACCCAAAAGACUGUUACAGAGCAAACUGGGCAAACUGAGGGAAGAGUGACUCCUACUGUUGAAGCAGGACAAUCCGAAAGUGCAAUAAUACAAAAUGGUGUUGAGGAAGAUUUAGUGGAGGCAACAGCUGUGCAACUGCAAACCCAAACUCAAGAGGGCGCUGUAGUGGCUUCAGUGCCGGUCUACUCUGAGACGCAGCCAUGUAUUACAACAACACAGGUAGAAGUUGAGAAUGAAGACUUCAGUAAAGAAGAAACAAUUGAAGUUGGGUCAAAACCCAUCAUCAAAGUGGAGUUUCAGGAGGUGCCACUGUCCGAGCCACAGGAUAAAAAGACCCCAGGGGAACAGGAGCCGUUUCUAUCAGAGGUCAAAAAUCAUGAUACAGACACAGAAAAGGCAGGCACCAGCAAUCAGACAGAAAUCCCCAACAGAGCGGAUCAGGCAGAAAAUAAGAUGACCAAAAGGAAAACGUGCCAGUGUUGCUCGGUAAUGUGAGCAAACUCCUUUAAAUGCAGUUCCAAUUGAAUUCAACUAUCUAAUCAGCCUUUUUUACAUGCUGUUAAACUUCUUCCUCUACACCCAGUUUUGAGGAAGUGAACUCGCUCCAGCAUAAAGAAAACACAGAAUAGUUUGGACUUGGAAUUUAAGUGCCUUUUUACAGGAACUGAACUGAGUGGCUCGAAGACUGUUCCCACACGGCAUGUUUAUAAAGCCUGUGGAGUAAUCUACUGCAUAAAUGAACUGUAGAUGAAAAUCUAUGCAUCAAUGAAACUAUUGUAUUCACAUUUUAACAAUCUAAGACUUGAUACAUAAGCUUGUGUACAAUAAUAAUAAUAUUUUAUGGAUUUAAAUACUCUAUUUUGGGCAUAUAUUUUCAAGCUAAAUCUUAAGCAAUCCAGAAAGACUUAAGACUCAUUGUUAUGAAUUUCUUUUUACCAAAUAUGCUUUUAAACAUUUUCUCCCAGAAGCCUGAGCUCUGUGAAUGUAAAUAGAUUGAUCAGAAACACAAGUGGCUGAGUUUCUGUCAGUUUUGAGAUUAAAUAAUUUAAUGAUUAAACAGAUAUUUGUGCUACAUUG